UCAGCUGGUGCACAUAUUGCUGCUUGUACUCUUCUAGAGCAGGCAAUCAAGGAGGCUGGUGAAGGAGCAAGCAUUACUUGGAGUCUGUCCCAGAUUAAGGCUUAUUUUGGACUUUCUGGAGGGUACAAUUUGUUAAAACUCGUAGAUUAUUUCCACAGUCGUGGUUUAUAUCGUUCUGUCUUCUUAAGCAUAAUGGAAGGAGAAGAAUCCUUACGAAGAUUUUCACCUGAAGUAAUUGUAAAGGACCCCAGUGUGAAAAAUGUGGUUUCUCUGCUACCUCCUAUUGUUCUUUUUCAUGGUACUGCAGAUUACUCUAUUCCAGCAGACGCCAGUACAAGUUUUGCUGAAACUCUUCAAGGACUUGGAGUUAAAGCUGAAUCAAUUUUAUAUGAAGGCAAGACUCAUACAGAUGUGUUCCUUCAGGAUCCAAUGAGAGGGGGAAAAGAUCAGAUGUUUGAAGAUUUAGUUGCCAUUAUUCAUGCUGGUGAUGCAGAAGCUGAGGCCAAAGAUGCAGUGGCUCCUCCAAGAAGACGCCUUGUACCAGAGUUCAUGUUACAGGUGGCUCGUAGAGUCAGCCCUUUCUAACACCACCAAUAAGCUUCUUGUUUAUUCUUUCUACUCAUUGUACAUAUCAUUAACGCAACUUGAUUAUUUCUUCUUUCUGUUCAAUUCCCCCCUCGUUUAAGCUCAUAGUAGCUCUCAGUUGAUAAUAGAAGUGUUUUGACUAAGUCAAUACAUUAAAAGCUA